UCCACACUCCAGGAGGGACUCAGGUCACAGAGGAGGAUCGGAAGUCGGGGGUGGGGGGUGGUGUGUGUCUCCUUCCAGGAGCCCACCAGCCCAGCUGCUGAGAUGGAGACCUCGGACGGGCUAGGGGGCGAAGGGGACAAGGCGCUAGAGAAGGUGACAGAGGCACCCUGUCUGGAGAGAAGCUCCAGCACCAUCCCAGCUGGAGACUCACUCAUCCGUCAUGCAGAGGGCCUAGGACAGGACACCUUCAAAAUUUGUAAAGAAUACUUGAGACCUUUAAAGAAGUUUCUUCGAAAGUUGCACUUGCCCCGGGACCUACCCCAAAAGAAGAAACUUAAGUAUAUGAAGAGGAGCCUGAUGGUUCUAGGGGACCACAUCAACACCUUCCUGCAGCAUUAUUGCCGAGCCUGGGAAAUCAAGCAUUGGAGGAAGAUGCUCUGGCGUUUCAUCUCCCUCUUCUCAGAGCUGGAUGCCAAACUACUGCGCCGACUGUACAAGUACAGCAAGAGUGACCAGAAUGCCAAAUUCUUGGUGGCAUUCCGGCCCUUGGACACCUCAGAGACGAUCGCCCCCUCUACCGAGCAAAGCAACAGCCUGCCCGAGCUCUACAAUGCUUGGGGCCUCCACCGGGACUCCACCUGCACAAAGGAAAAGUUCAACAAGAUGCAGGGCCAUGCCCCAGAAGCCUCCCUUUCUGGGGAGCAGAAACAUGGGGGCCAGGCCAAGAGAGACUCUAUAAAGAAACUUUCCCACAAACCAAAACUGAAGAGAAAGAGAAUGAAGGAAGCCCUCAGAACUCCUGAGAGCCACCCAUAGGAGAACCCACCCAGGACAGUGAGAGCGUCCCCAUUGUCCUGAAAUCACUCUGCUUCCUUCAACACCUGCAACCCUCUCUACCCCAGUGUGUUCCUCUCUCUAUCAAAGCUUUUGGGGUUGGGGAAAAGAGGGGGUGGGGACAGAUAUGAGGGAGGGAGAGAAGACAAAAUUAUCUUUAUUCACAGAUCAUUGGGGGUGGCAAUUAGUAGCAGAUAGGGAGGGAAAUAAACAUACUAAAGAAAUUCAUCCUUAGUCUAACCAAUCUGUUCAGUCACAGACUGAGAAAAAGAAAAGUUGGUUGUGGGGAAGUGAACAAGGGAGGGGAAAGCUAUGCUAUCAUUCCUCAGUAAGUAAACAGGGAAAACCAUACCCUAAUAUUCUCAUCUGUCAAAUGAGACUAAAUUUAGCUUAGAAGUUUCAAAAGUGUUGAAUGUGGAAAGGUCUUUUAGUACUCUUUCCAGACUGCUCAUGCUAGGGCUUCAAAACUCUCCCCUUUCUCUCAGUCUCUCUUGGGUCAAUAAGUACCAGUUGGGUUCAAUGAUGCCGAUGUAGGGUUUUUAAGGACAGCUUUCAAUUACCUGUAGCAUUGAUGUUGAGUGUAGAGUAUGGACAAAUGAAGACAAAAGCUUGUCACUGCUGGCCUUUAUCAAGCUGGGCUUCUUAACUGAAGAGGGACAGUUCCUCUAGACCUCCUAAAGGAAGGUUUGUCAAACAGGUGAAGAGGGAUGAGGGAUAAACAAACUCAUGUCUGUUUUCAUGACAUGAUGUGGGAGAAGAGCCCUCUCUGUUCAUGCAAUGUGAUGGUACCACCCAGAGGCAGCAUGGAUACCUGCAACCUUUUGCUUCUACUUUUUUAGCAUUUGUCCUCUCAUGCUUCAACUAAAUGUCCUGGUGCUCUCAUAUUUUACCUGAUUUUACUUAGGAAGGAUCUGAUAAAUUAAAUUCAGUUACACUAAAAAUGGAAAUGACCAUAAGGUAUAAUGACUUAUUUCUCCCAGGAAAAAAUAUGUCAUAAAAGAAUAUUUAAAAUUUAGAAAGAGAAAGGAUUGUGGGGCAAAGGGACAUGAGGUUGGGGCCUUCAAUUAAACAAGCAUUUACUAAGCACUGUGCUAGAUGCCAAGGAAUAGCAAAACAAAAAUAAAAAAAAUGUCCAUGCCUUCAAGGAGCUUAUGUUGACUGAUAGGCCUUCUUAGACCCCAUCAAAUCAUGUCUUUACCUAUGCUGACUAUGGGCAUAAACACCCAAUUCUA